GCGGCGUCGUAUAUGGGAUUCCUCUCCUUGUCGGCUUCUAUGGCCAUCUUAAAGUUAAUGAUGAAGAGCGAACAAUACGAACCAAAUCCGCACCAAGCCAUGAAGUUCUUUUUGUGUUUGAUGCCAUUUGCAGUCCUGAAUCAAGUAAUUUGAUUGACUAGCGAUGGAAGAGGCAUCUAGAAUAAAGAAGUAUGCGGCUGAUAUUACCUCCAUAAGGGAAGCACAAGACCGCAUCAAACCUUUCAUACACAAAACUCCCGUCCUCUCCUCAGAAACUCUUAGUUCUAUUUCUGGAAGGAAGUUAUAUUUUAAGUGUGAAUGUUUUCAGAAGGGUGGAGCAUUUAAAUUCAGAGGUGCCUGCAACGCGAUAUUUUCCCUUGCCGAUGACCAAGCUGUUAAAGGGGUUGUAACGCACAGCAGUGGUAACCAUGCUGCAGCGUUGGCUUUGGCUGCAAAAUUACGGGGCAUUCCAGCUUAUAUAGUUAUUCCAAGAAAUGCUCCAAAAUGCAAAGUUGAGAAUGUAUUGCGUUAUGGUGGUCAAGUUAUCUGGAGUGAAGCAACAAUGCAAUCAAGGGAGAGUACUGCAAGCAAGAUUUUACAAGAAACAGGUGGAGUUCUGGUACAUCCAUAUAAUGAUGGGCGGAUUAUAAGUGGGCAGGGUACCAUAUCACUGGAGCUUCUGGAGCAAGCCCCACAUUUAGACACCAUUAUAGUCCCUAUAAGUGGUGGUGGUUUGAUAUCAGGGGUGGCAUUGGCUGCCAAAUCCAUUAACCCUGCCAUUCGAAUUUUCGCUGCUGAACCUCAGGGAGCUAAUGAUGCUGCUCAAUCCAAAGCGGCUGCUCGGAUUAUAACAUUACCCGAGACCAAUACAAUUGCUGAUGGGCUCAGAGCUUUUCUAGGAGAUCUUACCUGGCCUGUAGUGAGAGAUCUGGUUGAUGAUGUGAUAAAUGUUGAAGAUACAGAGAUAAUACAAGCCAUGAAGCUCUGUUAUGAGAUUCUAAAGGUCGCAGUUGAACCUAGCGGAGCAAUAGGCCUAGCAGCUGUCUUAUCCGAUAGUUUCAGGAAAAACCCUGUUUGGAAUGAUUGCAAACACAUAGGAAUCAUACUUUCAGGAGGCAAUGUUGAUCUUGGUAUGCUCUGGGAUUCCUUUAGAAAAUGAUGUCAAAUUUGUCUUUGCUCCUUUAUAAAAAAGUUUUCCUAGGCAAUGAAAAUAUGAAAUUUCAGCACCCUUUGAUGUCAAGAUAAAUGGUAGCAACAAUUUAUUCUAUUGUAAUGCGACACAUAUCUUCCAAUAUAUUCUUAACCAUUUUAUGUGCAAUGGUUAGUUCUCUU